CCAGUUGUAUGUACUUUGCAGUAUAUUAAGGGUGGGUUGCAACAACUUACUAUAACUUUAACUAUACCAAAAUGUCAAAUGAGCUGUCUAAUCUCUAGUAAACGUCAAUAAUGGACGCCAUAUUAAUUGACGAUAACCUUAACCUUAACUAUAACAACGCCUCUGGUGCAACCCACCCUUACUGAUCUAAAAUUACAUGUUCUUGAAGAAAAAAGCCAAGAUAACUUGGCUAAUUGCUUAAUUUCUUUAGCAUAUCCAAUAGAUUUGAGUGAUGCUGUACUACAACUUCUUUACACAAGAAAACUUGAAGGUCAAACUAAUAUUCUAUGUGAUGAUCAAUUUUUGUCACGUAUCCACACAAAUAUACGUACCUAGAGUAUGUCCUUGGUCAGUAACAACGUCAGUCAUAUGAUUUAUAGUUUCAAAUCAGUUAAUCAUUGACUUUAUUUAUAUAUAUCAGAAGUACGCACGAUGAUAAAAAGUUUACUCAACCUGCUUAUCUAAAUUGCACUCAGUACAAGUAUGUAUGCAUAACAAUACUGUGUAUUUUUUCUUAACAUAAUAUAAUAAACAUGUUUAAAAGUGUGCAGAUAUUAGAAAGAAGAGUUUUUGGUUUGAGUAGAAGGUAUUUGUGGACUAGUGAGAAGAUUAUCCAGUCUCCUUUUAAAGAUGUUGAGAUUCCUGACACUACACUUACAGAAUACAUGUGGAAAGAUUUGGGAAAAUGGGCGAAUAAGACUGCUAUGAUAUGUGGUGUUAGUGAAAGACAAUACACCUUUCUGCAGCUGUAUAGAAGAUCAAAAAUAUUUGGCGCAAACCUACGAAAGAGGUUCAAAAUAGAAGACGAUGACGUCAUAGCUGUUAUGGCGCCGAACAUUCCAGAAUAUGGAAUUAUAGCUCUAGGGAUACUUGAAGCUGGCGCUGUGAUUACACCUUAUAAUUAUUUGUUCACACCUUACGAAAUUCAAAAGUUGUUGCCACUUGCAAACCCUAAAAUGAUUAUUACCAUUCCCGAAUGCGAACCUGUGGUGAGAAAAGGAAUAGAAAUGGCAAAUAAGGAUAUUCCAAUAAUAGCAGUAGAUUUUGGACAAAGUAGACCUGAUAAUACAUUAUCAUUUAAAGAGCUCAUGAGUGAUAAAGUAGAUAUGACUGUAUUGAAAGAUGUUAAAAGAACUUCAAAUGAUGUAGCAGCCCUACUUUACUCUAGUGGAACAACUGGUCUGCCAAAGGCAGUUGAACUUACUCAUAGAAAUAUUAUAGCGAAUUCGGAACAGCAAUCUACUGAAUGCAGACGGCAUGUGGAAACUACAAAAAGACAUCAAGAUACGGCCUUGGCUAUUUUGCCCUUUUCUCAUGUUUCUGGACUCGGUAUAAACAUGUUUCACAAGCUGUCAAAUGGCGUCAGACUUGUUACAGUUAAAAAGUUCCAGCCAGAUACAUUCGUUAAAGUUUUGGACAAUUUCCACUUUAACAUAUUCACGUUGACUACACCAAUAGUUCAAUUUUUGGGAUCAUAUCCAAAGGUAACUGCCAAACAUUUAGAGCAUUUAAGAUAUGCUGGAACCGGUGGGGCUCCUAUACCAAAACGUGACAUUGAAAAGUUUCUUGAUAAGGCACAUAAUGUUCACCUUGGACAAAUAUAUGGACUGACUGAAACAAGUCCAGUAGUAACAUUGAAUCCUAUUGGUAGCAAAAAAUAUACCUCAGCAGGUUUUGCUGUACCCAAUGUUUCAUUAAGAGUCGUUGAUACAGAAAUGAAUAAUCUAGGACCAAAUGAGCAAGGAGAAUUAUUGAUAAAAGGACCUAAUGUAAUGAAAGGAUACAAAAAUAACCCCGAAGCUAAUGCAAGGGCGUUUGUAGACAAUGAGUGGCUAAGAAGCGGUGAUCUUGUAUCAAUAGAUAAUGAUGGUGCAAUGUAUGUAGCUGACAGAUUACGGGAUUUAAUUAAGGUCAAAGGUUUUCAAGUGGCACCAGCUGAAUUAGAGAGUAUAAUCAAGGAGAUACCAAAGGUUGAAGACGUAGCGGUUGUAGGAAUUGAAGACGCCAGAACCGGUGAACGCCCGAAGGCGUUUAUAGUCAUAAAUGAUAAAAAUGUAAAAGAAAUGGAGGUCUUAAAUUAUGUAAAUCUGAAAGUAGCACCAUACAAACAUUUGAAAGAAGUUAUAUUUGUCAAUGAAAUCCCGAAAAAUCCUACUGGAAAGAUAUUGAAACGAGAUCUACUAGAAAAGUAUUGCAAAUAAAAGUUAUUUAAUUUUA